AGACACACACACACACACACACACACACACAGAGGUACACACCUAUAGGUUUGGUUGGCCUGGCCUACCUGACUGGCUGAGCGGGUCUGUGCCCACACCCUUCCCUGCUCGCUGGAGGAGAGAGCUGUCAGUGAACACCUCCCCUGAAUGUGUGUGUGUGUGUGUGUUUAUUGACAGAGCUCACAAUCAGUCAGCCGAAAUCACCAGCACUGCUCAGAGCACCUGCCACCAUACUGCAGCUAAACUGACAUUUAUAAGGCAUCUUUCAAGGCAGUUUUUAGACCUUUUUGACUAGAGGACCACUAACAAUGUCCAAAGAGGGGGAAAGACAAUCAGUUUUGCGGACCACAAAGGUUCGCACCGCUCUAAAAGGAGACAACAGCUGGAUACAGAGACGAGAGCAAGAGAAUCUAGAGAAAGAUGAGGAGGAGAAACCAUGGGUCGCCGAAGUGAGAGCAAACCGUUCAAAUGGUGUGUUUGAAGAAACAAGUCCUGUUUCCUCACCCACAACCAAUGUGCCUCAGCCCAUAUCCGACACAGAGAAACCAAAAACACCUGCAUCUGGAUACUUAAUCAGAGGGGUAUUCAAGAAAACCGAUUCCAAGCCAACAUCAACAUCAAAUUCAUCCACCAAUGGAUAUGCUGGAAUAAAUAGCUUCAAGAAAAAGCCAUCUGAGACCUACAAGAAAAUAGCCCCCCACACAAUUCGGUCCAGCAAUGAAAAGACAGUGCAGUCUGAACCAACUCUGAGUCCAGACGAAAUGGAAAAGAGGACAGAGGCAGCCAGCAGUGUGCUGAAGGGAUCGGCAGCAAAUCGCCGCUCAUACGUAAUGUCAGCUGCAAAGAAAUAUGAAUCUUCAGAGAAGCCGGACAGCUCUGCUGAGAUGGGCAUCUCCUUUGUUGCAAAAAGGGUAGAUAUCAGUGAUGAUGAUGACACUACAGCAUCUGUUAAGUCUGUGCCUGUGCAAAGUGUAAAAUCAAACACUGAGCCAGUGGUGAAGGAGGUCAAGCCAGCAGCACCUGAAAUUAAAUCUCAACCUAAACCAGUGACUGAAACUAAACCUACAACACAAACUAAAAUAACAGCUGAAGCUAUCGCCACACCAGAAUCUAAACCAGCGCUAGAAAAUACAACACAGCCGAAAACAGCAUCCGAGCCUAAACCAGCUUUGCAACCUAAACCAGCAACUGAAACGACAACAGUGGCUGAAACCAAGCCUACAGCACAGACUAAAACUGUAACUGAACCUAAACCUGCAACAGAACCUAAAGCAGCUGAAACUAAACCAGCAAUUGAAACUAAAACAGAAACUAAACCUGCAGCACAAACUAGAAUAGCAACUGAACCUAAACCCACAUCAGAGCCUAAACCAGCUGAAACUAAACCUACAGCAACUGAACCUAAACCCACAUCAGAGCCUAAACCAGCUGAAACUAAACCUACAGCAACUGAACCUAAACCCACAUCAGAGCCUAAACCAGCUGAAACUAAACCUACAGCAACUGAACCUAAAACCACAUCAGAGCCUAAACCAGCUGAAACUAAACCUACAACAAAAACUGAACCUAAACCAGCAAUUGAAACUAAAACUAAAACAGAAACUAAACCUGCAACACAAACCACAACAGCAACUGAAUCUAAGCUAGUGGUUGAAACUAAACCUACCACACAAACUACAACAGCAACUGAUCCUAAACCCACAUCAGAGCCUAAACCAGCUGAAACUAAACCUACAACAAAAAUUGAACCUAAACCAGCAAUUGAAACUAAAACAGUAACUGACACUAAAACAGAAACUAAACCUACAACACAAACUACAGCAACUGAAUCUAAGCUAGAGGUGGAAACUAAAUCUACAAUAAAGACUACAAUAUUAAGUGAUCCUAAACCCACAUCAGAGCCUAAAGCUCUUGAACCUAAACCUGCAAAAGCAGUUGAACCUAAACCAGCAACUGAAACUAAACCAGCAGCUGAAAUUAAACCUACAACACAAACUACACCAGCAACCGAUCCUAAACCCACAUCAGAACCUAAACCAGUGACUGAAACUAAACCAAAACCUGAAGCUAAAUCUGCAGCUCAGCUGAAAGCAGCACCUGAAUCCAAGCCUGAACCAGUUCCAGAGAAAAGCCUGUCUGACACCCUGAUAUCCUUCAGCACAGAGCCUGCCAGUUCUCUGCCUCAGACAAACAAGACAAAUAAACCUCUGGACCUGCUCGCAGAUGAUCUUAUUCCCUUCAGUACUCCUACCACCAGAACCAGCACUGACUACACCUACAGCCGGAAAACCCUGAUUGAAGAUUUUAAGAGUUCUGGCCCAGCAGACUCAGGAGUAGAUCUUCUCAGUCAGGAUCUGCUGACAGACAACAGUUCUCUGCCUCAGACAAACAAGACAAAUAAACCUCUGGACCUGCUCGCAGAUGAUCUUAUUCCCUUCAGUACUCCUACCACCAGAACCAGCACUGACUACACCUACAGCCGGAAAACCCUGAUUGAAGAUUUUAAGAGCUCAGAUGAUGAUUUUGAUCCAAUACCAAUAUCGAGUGAGCCCACAAAGAGUCUUGAGUGGUACAGUCCUCCCAAACCGGACUCAAGUUCCACAGAUACAUUCAGUCACUUUCAGCAUCCUGUGGACUUGGUUGCUGAUGUGCCACCAGAUGUUUUGGUUUCCUUGGCUGAAGAUGUCAUUCCAAUUGAUACUAAGAGUGACUGGAAGAAAGACAUGGACAGCUACAAAACCAUCACCAAAACAGUGGAGAGUUCUGUCCAGGAGAACUUACCAGAAUCUGAACCCAAGAAGAACUUCGUGUACGUUAAGGAGUAUGUGGAUAACUCAUGUCUUGAUGGCAGCAGCUCUGACUAUGUGUCAUCAACAACCUCCAACUACAGCUACAGCAGCCCCAGCUACUACUCCAGAAGAGAAAUGACUCCCUGUACAUACUGUGGAGAAAUGGUGGGAAAUGAUGCCAAAAUCACCAUUGAGCACCUGAACAUAUCCUGUCACCCAUCCUGCUUUAAGUGUGGUAUUUGCAGUAAACCAAUGGGAGAUUUACUCUACAACAUGUUUCUGCAUCGUGGGACGGUCCAUUGUGAGAGCUGCUAUUCCAAUGUGCUAUAAGGAGCUCUGCUUCCACUGCCUGAAAUAUCCCUCAACAGUACAGCUUACCUGCUUAUUUGAAUAGGAAUUAGACUUGUUACUGGCACAAAACACGUUCCUCUUUAUUUUUCCUCACUGAUCGUACCGCGGACAUAGUGCCUCUGUGCAGAAUACCUUCUGAAUAUCAUAAAAAGGUUUUCUUGUGCUAUGAAUGCUUGUUGCAGUGCAUUUUCCCUCCGAUUCUGUCCCUAUAAAUGUUUAGUCAAGACAGUAAGAAUGUAUAUCUUUGUUGUAUUUAAUCAUCAGAAACCAUUUUAAAGAAAUUAUGUUACUGUUUUAGUAGCACUGUUAUGAAAAUACGUAUCCUGCAUUAAUAUUCACAAUUAAAGCAAAAUUCUCAUUGAA